AUGCCACGCGCGCCAGCGGCGGCUGCUGACAUGGGCGCGCGCGUGACUGGCACGGUGCUGUGGUUCAACAUCGAGAAGGGCUUCGGCCACAUCGUCCCGGAUGCCGACGCCUCGCAGCGCGUCUUCGCCCGCGAGAACUGCGUGAUCGGCAACGUGCUGCGCGCGGGAGACCACGUCACCUAUGCGAUCUUCACUCUAGGCAACGUGGCUGUCGACAUCACAGGUGGAACGAGUUCUUCCUCCACUCGUGAGGCCUGCACGCCGCCUCGCUCGGAAGCACGCUGUGUCACGCCGCGUGCCCCGCGCAAACGAGCGCGCAAUGACGCCGCGUAA